AUGCAGUUUAAGUCAUACUUUCCAUAUCUGCACGCGUCUGGUCGGAUAGCCCUAAAAGAUACGGACGAGACGACGGGAGGAUGCUAUCAGAUUUCCACGUUGGCACCUGGAAAUAUUCAGUCAGUACCAGACAGUACCAAAAAGUACAAGGGGAACGCGGAGGGACGCCGAAAGAUGGAGAAAAUCAUUCUGCUGCUCGUGCUGAGCCUGGCGAUGAACCUAGCGAUGAGCGUGGACGUGCGACAGGUCGCGACCAUCUACGACCUGCCCGACUUCAACGUGGGCGGAGCUUGGUGUGAAAGGAUCGAGUACUGCCCGGAACUGGACUCCUGUGUUCCCUCUAUCGGGAACGACGUCGUCUCCAGUGCUUGCGUCCUUGGCAUUUGGCUGUUCUACUCCGAAAACUUCUACAACUACGAGGACUACGGAAGCGUGGAAUGGAUCUACGGAGACGACGUCUGCGAGAACUUGGAGACCGUCGGCGACCAGGUCUCGUCGCUCAAGUACGUCGGCCACCUGUUCGAAUGGAAGAAGAACACGAUGAACUUGUACGAGCUUGACCUGUUCGCCGGGCUGGAGUUCCACGAGUGGAAUAGCACGGCGGAAGUGCCGGCGUUGAGCGGCGUGGGGUCCGUCAUCGUCACGGGGACGCAAAGCUGGACGCUCUACACGCUUCCAGACUACAGCGGCGACAGUGCCUGCCUCACGGUCGAGUCGGGAAAGUUCGCGGGGUUCGCCGCGGACAUCACCGCUCUCGGCAUCGGCACGGUCGGAUCGUUCCGGCUCGGUUGCUUCUCGGACAGGACGAUCCGGCUCGACUCGGAUCGACACGGCGUUGCGGUGAAGGCCAGGAAAUAAUUACUCGACUCGGACGUGAAUAAAGGGGUGGUCUUCGGG